AUGUUUUCGUGGAGUCCGAGGGGGUUGCACGUCUAUAUCACAGGCGGCAGUCAAGGUAUCGGACUUGCACUCGCUAAACUCGUCGCGCAGAAAGGUGCCCACGUCUCUAUAGUAGCAAGAACCAAAAGCAAACUCAACGAUGCUUUAAAAGAGCUUGAAGCCAAUCUCCAAAGCCCAGACCAAGUCUUCAAAACCUUUUCCUUCUCCCUCGACACCGCAGAGGAGUCUGCUGCCGCUUUCCAAGCUGCUAGCGAUGCCCACAGUGGCAAAGUCCCAGAUGCCGUUUUCGCAUGUGCAGGUGCUGCAAAACCGAUGUACCUCCUUGAAAUGCAGCCAGAGGACCUCUCAAGUGGAAUGACGAAUGGGUACUGGAUACAGGCGUGGACCGCAUUCGCUGCUGCUAAACAAAUGGUGCGCGAGAAUAAGAAGGGGAAGAUCGUGCUGGUGUCUUCGACGCUUGGAUAUAUGUCUUUGGUUGGAUAUUCUUCGUAUUCGCCUGCAAAGCAUGCUCUGCGUGGACUGGCUGAUUCAUUGCAUUCAGAACUAAUGAUGUAUGGCAUCGAUACUCAUAUCUUCUUCCCUCCGACAAUGUAUACCCCUGGGUUCGAAGAAGAAAACAAGAUGAAGCCGGCUAUUACUAGAACGAUUGAGUACGUCGUCUCAUCUGACUACAGCCACAACUUUAACCCAACGUUUGGCCUGCUUGUUCCGAGCUUCAAUGCUAGAAGCAACGCUGCUCUCGAUUUCGUGUUGGAUUUGGUUGCUCUUUCAUCUUGGUACACCCGCCGACCAACCAUUCCCGCCAUCUACCCCGCCGCUGAACUGCACCAGCUGACUUCCCCAAAAACAGCACCUGCAUUCUUGGAUUAG